AUGAGGGCCUCUAUGGGAUCUCACAUUUCCUGGCGGUGGUAUGCCGCCGUCGGAGCUCUGCUACCAGGCUGGAUAGCCAAUGCUAGCCCAGCUGUCAACGUGGCACUCCAAGCCUCCUUUGACUCGGCCCCAUACCUCGUCGAGCUCCUGGAAUCUGCCGCCGAAGAAAACUCCACUUCUUAUUUUCCUUUGCUGGAUCGCAUCGCCGACGGGACAUUUGAGGACCUUACAACCGAGAAGGAGCUCUACGACCGCUUCUUGACAGUUGUGAAGGAUGAUGGUCACAUACAGACUCCAGAGAGUCUUGCCUCAUUCAAAUUAUCGCUUUCGGUCCGAUCAUCGGCGCCUCGUAUUGAGGCGCACUUCCAGUUCUAUAACACCUCGGUUGAGCAGUCCUUGAUGGUGGCCCAAGAUGCGGUAUGUCCGGUAUGGGUCCACUCGGAGGGAAAGCAGUAUUGUUCUUCUGCCAUGGAACGCGCACAGCAGGAUGUCGUGGGAGAAUUGGACCCCAGAGAACUACCAUUUGAUCGAGUCCUGGGAGAUGCAUCGCUACCUCCGGCUGUUCUGUACGCAGAUGUUGCCUCUCCAAUGUUCAGAGAUUUCCAUGAAACCCUGAGCGAUAUGGCGAAACAGGGACAGAUCUCGUACCGUAUACGCUAUCGACCUCCCCAGCACUGGAUUUCCCGUCCCUUGUUUGUGUCUGGAUAUGGCGUGGAGCUUGCUUUGAAGCGAACGGACUACAUUGUUAUUGAUGACCGUGACGCAGAGCAGCUCGAAGCAAAGGUCACCGAAAGUCUUCCAACUGACCCAGAUGAGACCAAGGAAGAUGCUCCCGAUGACCUCCGGCCUCUGUCUUCCUCUGAAGUGACCCGUCUAGGCCUGAACUCUGCGAGCUACGUUAUGGACAGCUCUGAUCCUUUGGCGACAUUGAUCAAGAUGUCCCAAAAUUUCCCCAAGUAUUCAUCGAUAGUAGCUGCCCACAACUCCACUGGGGAAAUGGCGCAAGAGAUCCGCCAUAACCGGUUAAAAAUUCUCCCUGGUGGUUCCAAUGCCAUGUGGAUCAACGGUGUGCAAAUGGACACACAGCAGAUUGACGCAUUCUCCCUUCUAGAACAUCUGCGCCGAGAGAGGAAAUUGAUUGAGAAAUUCCGCGGUCUGGGUCUCUCUGCGGAUGAUGCUGUGAAGUUGCUGUCACACCCAAUCCUCACUGAAGCCCAAGCUGGAGGCGAGGAGCAACGGUAUGACUAUCGGGAUGAUUUAGAAGGGAACCGGGUUAUUAUUUGGAUGAACAAUCUAGAGAAGGACUCUAGAUACGAGUCCUGGCCCGGUGAUCUUGGAGCGUACGUCGCCGGUUCUUAUCCGGGACAAUUGCCUCCAGUGAGCCGAGAUCUGCACAAUGUCGUCGUGUCUAUGGACGCGUCUAACCCGGAGCACAUGAUGCUUGUUGCUGGGAACCUGAAUGCCUUCAUCAAGCGAGGAAUUCCUGUGAGAUUCGGCUUCGUACCUACCAGCUCGUCGCCAGAGUCCAUUGCGCAACUGAAGGUAGCGCAUUACCUUUCCGAUGCCUAUGGCAUAGAGUCUCUUGUGCAAUAUUUCGAAGAGUUUGCCUCGAAAGGCAAAACUGGAUUCCCAGAUAAAUCGUGCUUCCAGUCUGCGUCCAAAGAUCGCGACCUCGUUGAUAAACAUGAAGUUCUGUCUCUUGACCAGAUCUUGAAGAACGAGAAAUAUGAUGCUCUGGUGUCCCAAACAGCCGCUUACCAGCGUCGGUUGAGUCUUACCGGCGACGCACCUCAAUUCCUAGUAAACGGUAUCCCUGUCUCCCGAGAAGGCAACUGGAUGCAGGGAAUGAGCAUGCAGAUCAGCAGGGACUUGAAGUUGGUCCAGCAAGGUAUUGUACAGGGAAUUUUUGAGGAGGAUGCAUGGCUUCCAGAGUUCUUCCUAGCUGGCGCAUUCGAGGGACGCAAUACUUUCCUCAUGCCCGAAGAUCCUAAGAGUGUACAGAUUGUGGACAUCGCUAACAUCCUUCCAUCGGACAAAGAUGUAUUGAGCAAUAUUCCUCACGUUCUGUCGGACAAGGGAGCUCUGGAGAGCGUUCAUGUGAUAGUUGUAGGCGAUUUCGAGUCAGAGGCAGGUAUAAAACUACUUACCGAAGCCCUCAAUCUUCGAAAGGAGAACGGUGACGUGGAGAUUCUGAUGCUGCACAAUGCGGCAUCGGACGCCGAGGAUGACGUCCCCAAGCAUCUCGUGACUCUCCAUCUCUCGCUUGCGAAGGGAGAGACCAUCGACCAAGUACUGGCUAAGAUUAAAUCUGGUGAUCUUGAGGCUGAAGCCCAGGAGAUCUCUACCAUUCAAGCUUUGCACCAAACUCUGGCGAAAGAACUUGGAUUCAACCCUGGUACCGAGGGACUCGUUGUCAAUGGGAGGGCAGUCAGCCCUAUUGAGAAAGCAAACCCGUUAAGUGUGGCAGAGAUGAGCCAACUGAUUGCCUACGAACGGGUGAAACGCCUCGAUUCCGUUGCGGCCGCUGUUGGCGAACUCGGACUUGCCGAUAAGAUCUCAAACUCGCUCGAUUUUGCCAAAUUGACCUCACUUGUGGCUCUUUCCACCAUCUCAGAUGUCCCUGAAGGUAUCUUCGAAAGCACUCCCGAUUUCAGAAUGGACGUGUCCGGCAAAUGGAGGGCGGAUUAUUCUGUUAUCACGGUUUCUAACUCCGAUGAUCCCACGAUCCACGUUGGUGUUAGCCUUGACCCGGCAUCUGAGGUUGCUCAGCGAUGGUUGCCGAUUCUGAAGGUUCUAUCUGAACUCUCCGGCGUUCAGCUGAAGAUCUUCUUGAAUCCGAAGGAAGAGCUCACAGAGCUGCCGGUCAAGCGGUUCUACCGCUAUGUCUUGGAAUCAGAGCCAUCUUUCACGGACGAGGGAGCUCUCGCUCGGCCGCAAGCGUCCUUCACUGGCGUGCCUGUCGAGCCACUACUGACCCUGAGCAUGGACGUGCCGUCGUCUUGGCUCGUAGCACCCAGUGAAUCAGUCUAUGAUCUGGAUAACAUUAAGUUGAGCUCGGUCAAGUCUGGUACUGACGUUGACGCUAUCUAUGCUCUCGAGCACAUUCUGAUCGAGGGUCACUCUCGUGAUCUUACAACGAAAUCUCCCCCAAGAGGUGUCCAGCUCAUCUUGGGCACCGAGAACAACCAUGAUUUCGCCGAUACUAUCAUCAUGGCUAAUCUGGGAUACUUCCAGUUCAAGGCACAGCCAGGCUUGUGGCAAAUCAACUUGAAGCCCGGCCGCAGCGAAAAGAUCUUCAAGAUCGAUAGUGUCGGUGGUCUAGGUUACCGCCCGCAGACCGGUGACGAGAACAACGAGGUUGCCCUGCUGUCCUUCCAUGGUCGGACGCUAUUCCCUCGCCUAUCGCGCAAGCCAGGCCACGAGGAGGAAGAUGUCCUCGAGACAGCAGUCCAGCCGGGCCCAAAGAUGGACUAUUUCUCCAAAGGACUCAACUUUGCAUCCGGCGUCCUCUCCAGUGUCGGUGUCGGGUCCAAGAGCGGAGGCGAACAACACGCCGAUAUCAACAUCUUCUCAGUAGCAAGUGGACACCUUUACGAGCGCAUGCUGAACAUAAUGAUGGUCUCGGUGAUGCGACACACCAAACACACCGUCAAAUUCUGGUUCAUCGAACAAUUCCUCUCCCCCUCCUUCCGCGCCUUCCUCCCUUCCCUCGCCCGCGAAUACGGCUUCUCCUACGAGAUGGUGACAUACAAAUGGCCGCACUGGCUGCGCGCCCAAAAAGAAAAGCAACGCGAGAUCUGGGGGUACAAGAUGCUCUUCCUAGACGUGCUCUUCCCCCUCUCCCUGGACAAAGUAAUCUUCGUCGACGCGGAUCAAAUCGUGCGCACAGACAUGUACGAGCUAGUCACCCACGACCUCCAAGAGGCGCCCUACGGCUUCACGCCCAUGGGCGACUCCCGAACCGAAAUGGAAGGCUUCCGCUUCUGGAAACAGGGCUACUGGUCCACCUUCCUCCGCGGCAAGCCCUACCACAUCUCGGCGCUGUACGUCGUCGAUUUGAACCGCUUCCGCGCACUUGCUGCCGGUGACCGUCUGCGCGGCCAAUACCAGAUGCUCUCGUCGGAUCCGAACAGUCUCAGCAACCUUGACCAGGAUCUGCCCAACCACAUGCAGCAUCAUAUUCCCAUUCAUAGUCUGCCGCAGGAGUGGCUUUGGUGUGAGACUUGGUGUUCCGAUGAGGAUUUGGAUGUGGCGAAGACUAUUGAUCUUUGUAAUAAUCCCCUUACCAAGGAGCCUAAGUUAGAUAGGGCUAGGAGGCAGGUUCCUGAGUGGACUGUCUAUGAUGAUGAGAUUGCGGCUUUGGCGAGUCGCAUUGCUGGCGAGCAGGCUGCUGCUGGGGCUGAGUUUGUGCAGACUGGCGAAGAGCGCAAAGAUGAAUUAUAG